GCCUGAUACCUGUAAAGCCUGUCAAAUCACAUUGCUUUGGUCCUGUUAACUGAAAACUACUCCGAUUGAAAUUUGGUUUGAGCCAGCAAGACACAGGGACUGGACAUCAGGUAGCUGAUCUCAGAUCAGACAUCAAGUGAAAACAGACGCAAAUUUCAACUACCAUGCGACCUAAUCUCUUUCAUUUUGUGUUUGUUGGCGUGUUGGUGAUUGGGCUCUUUUAUUUGGGAUACACCUCCAACUCGCUAAGGCUCUUUUCUUUGGGCUACACCACCAACUGGCUAAGUGAUUUCAGGUGCCAAACUCCACAAACAGAUGGCAUCAAGACAGAGGAGCAGCAAAAAGACUUGGGAUUUCAUUCAUUACCUGGGUUGUUGUACAAACAGCCCAGUGUCCUGAAUGGUCGAGCAGAUGUCGUUUAUGUGACACCAUGGUUGGCGCCAAUUGUUUGGGAGGGAACCUUUGAUCCUACACUGAUUGACUCUAUCUACAAACAACAGAACAUCACCAUAGCCACCACUGUUUUUGCUUUGGGAAAAUAUAUACGUUUUCUCAAAGAUUUUCUGGAGUCAGCUGAGCAGCAUUAUUUUGUUGGAUUUCCAGUACAUUAUUACGUGUUUACAGACCAACCAGAAGCAAUUCCUGAUGUAAAGUUCGGUGAAGAACGUCAGCUGAAAGUGCAGACAGUCCCGACAAUGGAUAGGUGGCAGGACAUCACUAUGGGCAGGAUGGGAAUGAUUGCAAAACUAACUGAGAGUGAACUGGUUAAUGAGGUUGACUACAUUUUCUGCCUUGAUGUGGAUACAAGGUUUUAUGCCCGCUGGAGUGUGGAGGCUUUAGGCAGUCUUGUAGGAUUGAUUCAUCCUUGGCUAUAUGACUUUCGACGGGAUCAAUUUACCUAUGAACGUAGACCAGAGUCGCAAGCAUUUAUUCCAGUUGAAGAAGGUGAUUAUUAUUACGCUGGUGGUGCGUUUGGUGGCUCAGUGCAGGAAGUGCAUAAGCUCACCAAAACCUGCAGUGAGCAGCAGAAAAUUGAUGCUGCUAAAUCCAUUGAGGCGGUAUGGCACGAUGAGUCUCACUUAAACAAGUAUUUUCUAUACAAUAAACCCACUAAGGCGCUCUCACCUGAGUAUCUGUGGCGAGAUAUUAAUGCCUAUUCGGACACCAUAAAAACAAUUCGCUUCUGUAGUGUAGCAAAAGAUGUUGCUGAGGUUCGGCCAAACUUAUAGCGACAGUUAACAAUUGCAGUAUUUACCUGCACUGACAGGCCCCAGAGGUGUCAAAAGGUUGUAACAAUUGGCUGAGUUACAAAAGUUAAAAUGGAUCACAUUUUUACUCUGAGAGGUUAAAACGGUGUUAAAAGAUGAGACCAACAAGUGAAAUAAAUAUUAUAAGUGUGUUUACAAUAUUCCUAUUAGACACAUAAAAACUUUUAAAAGCAUAGAAUACAUUAAUAACAAAACACUCUUAAAGUCCAGGUGUGUUAAAAGUCCAAAUGUGAAAGAGUCCACUGGUGUAUAUCAUAAUCCAAAGUCCUUCAAAUGUGCCUGGUAAAAAAAACAUCCACAUUCCAGCAAAAGAUUGUUUGAGCUAAGCUAACAGCUAAACAUGUGCUUCAUUUUAUGCUGCACACUUGCAAGUCAAAUAUAAAGACAUACGCAUGUAUAAAACAUGAAUGGAUGGUUUCCCAGGCAGGGUUUAGAUUAAGCCAGAACUAGGUCAUAGUUAUUUAAGGCAUUUCAGUUGUUUUUACAAACUUACCUUACAAAAUAUAUUACUGGUGUGCCUCUUGAGACAAAACAAGGGCAUUAAUAUAUGUUAUGUCAGUGCAAGCUGUUUUUAUUUUUGUUCUAUUUUUACCCUUACAAAAAUUAACCAUGGUUUUAUUGUGGUAAACAUGUAGUAACCAUGGUUUUUGGUGUAUUGAUUACUAUCAGCAAAACCAUGGUUUUACUUUUGUGGUAACCAUGGUUUUAAUACAGUGAUGUUUAAUUUUGGUAGUUAUUAGCUAGUUAUUAUAAUUAAUUAUUUAAUAAUGCAUUUUGAAAUAUUAAAACUGAUUACUUAUAUGGGAUGUCUUGUUCAUUUAUUCAGAAGUGUAUGCUUUAAAGGAGUGGUGGAUUAAGGGAUAAAUUUUAACUUGAGCUUUUGUUAUAUAUGAGGUCAUCGUACUUGAACGAACAACCUGUAAGUUUCACAUCCUUGUUACUGAAAUAUCAACUGCUAUUGACACCAAGCCCAAAAAACGCCAUGUUGUGGAAUGUGGCAAGUUUUGACGCAGUAGUCAAUAUUUAACCCUUGUGUGGUGUUCGGGUCUGUGGGGCAAUUAAUUGUUGUUUCAACCUCAAAUUCAUUGGCCUUGGCUCAUUUUCUAUAAAGAACCUAAAAAUAAACAACUUUAUAAUUACUGUACACUGUACACCCCCCUACACAUUUAUAUUACAUAUGUGGUGUUCGGGUCCACUGGACCCAGGGUUAAUAAGAGUGUAAAAAUUGAAUGUGCUAUGUAACUUCACUCUGUUUUUCUCCAAUCUGGGACUCCUGUGAGUGCAUGAGUGUGUUUGUAUAUAUGUAUGUACAUAUAUGAUGGAUGCAUGUCAGAGUUUUGUUCUUCUGCUCUUGCUGUUAUACCGCAAGGA